AUGGCGCCGCCUGGCCUUCACGGCUUACCCGUGGCGCUUGUCAUCGCCGCCGCGGUUCUUGGCUCGUUCUGCCUCAGACUCGCCGCCUCACAGCAGCAGGGAGAGGAAGCUGCGGGGGAGGAGGCGGAGAGGCAGAGGUACAACUUCCGGUUCGUGCGGCACGCGCGGGACGCGCCGCUCGUGUCCCACUACAACUACAUCGUGGUCGGCGGCGGCACGGCCGGGUGCCCGCUGGCGGCGACGCUGUCGGAGCGCUCGCGCGUGCUCCUCCUGGAGCGCGGUGGCUACCCGUACGGCAACCGCAACGUGUCGAGCGAGUACCACUUCGCGGACGCGCUGGCGGACAAGUCGCCGUGGUCGCCGGCGCAGCGGUUCGUGUCGGAGGACGGCGUGGUGAACGCCCGCGCGCGCGUGCUUGGCGGCGGGAGCUGCCUCAACGCCGGGUUCUACACGCGCGCCAGCAGCGAGUACGUGCGCGCCGCCGGGUGGGACGCGCGCCUGGUGAACGCGUCGUAUCGGUGGGUGGAGCGCGAGCUGGUGUUCCGCCCGGAGGUGCCGCGGUGGCAGUCCGCGCUCCGGGAGGGCCUCCUCCAGACCGGCGUCACCCCGGACAACGGCUACACCUUCGACCACGUCCCCGGCACCAAGAUCGGCGGCACCAUCUUCGACAGCGCCGGCCGCCGCCACACCGCCGCCGACUUCCUCCGCAGCGCCAACCCGCGACGCCUCACCGUGUUCCUGCACGCCACCGUGUCGCAGAUCCUCUUCCGGCGCAGAGAGGGGUCGGCGAGCCCGGUGGCGUACGGCGUGGUGUUCACGGACCCGAUGGGGGUGCAGCACCGCGUGUACCUGCGGGGCGUGGGGAGAAGCGAGGUGAUCCUGUCGGCGGGGACGCUGGGGAGCCCGCAGCUGCUGAUGCUGAGCGGCGUCGGCCCGCGCGCGCACCUGGAGAGGCACGGCGUCCGCGCCGUCGUGGACCGCUCCAUGGUCGGGCAGGGCGUGGCCGACAACCCCAUGAACUCGGUGUUCGUCCCGUCCCCCGUCCCCGUGGCGCUCUCCCUGGUCCAGGUCGUCGGCGUCACCCGCUUCGGCAGCUUCAUCGAGGGCGUCAGCGGCUCCCAGUUCGGCAUCCCCCUCCACUCCCGCCGCCGCGCCCACUCCUUCGGCAUGUUCUCCCCCAUGACGGGGCAGCUGGGGACGCUGCCGCCGAGGGAGAGGACGGCGGAGGCGAUGCGGCGGGCGGCGGAGGUGAUGCAGGGGCUGGACCGGCGGGCGUUCCGGGGCGGCUUCAUCCUGGAGAAGAUCCUGGGGCCGCUGUCGACGGGGCACGUGGAGCUGCGGUCGACGGACCCGCACGCGAACCCGGCGGUGACCUUCAACUACUUCCGGGACCCCAGGGACGUGGAGCGGUGCGUGCGCGGGAUCCAGACCAUCGAGCGGGUGGUGCGGUCGCGGGCCUUCGCCCGCUUCACCUACGCCAACGCGACCGCCAUGGACGCCGCCUUCGACCGCGCCGCGCUGGCCAAGUUCCUCAACCUGCUGCCCCGGCACCCCCGGGGCACCCGCCCGCUGCAGCAGUACUGCCGGGACACCGUGAUGACCAUCUGGCACUACCACGGCGGCUGCCACGUCGGGCCCGUCGUCGACCAGGACUACCGCGUCAUCGGCGUCGCCGGCCUCCGCGUCGUCGACAGCUCCACCUUCAAGUACUCCCCCGGCACCAACCCGCAGGCCACCGUCAUGAUGCUCGGCAGGUACAUGGGGCUCAGGAUUCAGGAGGGAUGGAGACCAGGACCCAGAAAUUAAGCAUGUGCAUUCGAUCCGUUCAUUCAUUUCAUUCACGGCGGUGUCACCCACCCAGCCUCCAACCGUACCUUCAUGCUUCCUUCGUGCCGCGCGGGCUGCUUGGGAGAUUGCAUGGGAUUUCUUGUUUCUUUCUUCCAGAGAUUGUUUUGUGAAC